UGAAGUCUGAAGGAUUCCCACCAGCGCAUACCGAGAUCCAAUGAGGAAGCUCGAUCUCCGAUGGUGGUGGUAGGCGGCUUCAGGGAUCCUCUGACUCGAGGCUGUUUAUAGAUCCUACAUUGCAAGUUUCGAAUGCAGCAUAGUCGUUUCUAUAAUUUGCAACUGGGCGUGCUUCAGGAACCGGAUGUGAUGCCUCCUCGUCUUUGGCUAUAUAUGCAUGGCUUGUGACCGGGUACAUGUUGAUCUUUUUCUUUUUCUCUCUUCCAGACCUCUCUCGCCUCUCCGCUCUCCUUGAUCUUGCUAUCCUUGACCUUCCUUCUCUUGUCUGUUGGCGCGCCACUUUGAUACCCAUUGUCUUCUUGUUUCUCAGUUUAUACCUCCGCCGUCUAUACACGGGAAACGUUAUUUCGUUCUAUCCGUUCCUAAUUUAAAAGACAUUCUUUUACCUUUCUACUCUCUCCCUCAGACUUGGAUAAGCAUCCGGCAUGCGUCCAACUCUUCUAUUCAUUACCUGCUUGGCAGCAACGUCCGUUGCAGCGCCAACUCUCUUCGACCAUGCCUACGAUUACUCCGACGACAUGGCAUCGUUCCUGGGGAAAGUGAGCAAGCACAUCGACAAGAUCAAGGACAUCAUGGACACCUCGACGACGUGCGACGCGUCCAAAAUCGCGCUACCGUCCUUCGCCUCGGAGCUUCCCUCCCCGUCUGACCAAAAGCCCCUUUAUGUUGCAGUAGGUCGCGGUACACAGAACUAUACCUGCGCAACAUCGUCGUCCGACUCGAAGCCCGAGGCUGUUGGCGCCGUUGCCCGCCUCUACAACGCCACGUGUAUCGCGGCAAGCUACCCCGAUAUGAUCGAGAUGCUCCCCAGUAUCGUGUACAAAAUGCAGCUGCCGGACAGCGACGCAGAUCCUCUUCCCCCGGCAAACAUCGAUCUGCUCGGUCAUCACUACUUUUCGGGCUCCACACCAGUCUUCAACUUUGAUCUUGCUUCGACAAGGCAUGGAAUCGCGUUCACGAAGAAGGGCGCUGAGAUCGAUGCCCCGUCUAGUGCUGUCAAGGGAGGGAAUGGCGCCGUUGCGUGGCUCUAUCUGCCAACUGUCAAUGGGACAGUUGGUCGGUUCAAGAGUGUUUAUCGGGUGGAUACGGCGGCGGGACAGCCUCCGGAGACGUGCAAGGAUAUGCCGUCGGAGUUCACAGUGCAGUAUGCUGCCAAUUAUUACUUUUAUGAGAGGUGAUGGGUGGUGGGAGGGUCUUGAUGUACAGAAUAUAUAUUGGGCGUUUUUCAUUCAUACCAUACGGGAUGGACAUAGUUAUGACUGGUAUGACAUCUACAGUUGAUACUGGAUAAUCAGCAGUAGCACAUCUCCCGUAAACGACCAGACUAUCAUAAUUGAGGUAUAAGUGAGGAUAUCACCGUCGUCCCUCGACAGCAGCUCGAUGACAGGAGCCAAUUGGAGCAGGGCUUGUCCGAGUCAGGUGACCUCGCUAUCCGGGCCUAACCACCCUAGUCCCAGUUAGGCCUAGCGCAUUCUGAUUUUCAAAGAUCCCCAAGUCUCCGUUUGAAAAAUCUCGACCG